AAUGUAUCCAUCUACUUAAGAAGAUAUUAGGAGACAUCGGCUUCUCCAAAAAUCCUAAUUCAAAUAUCACGCAGGAAUAGAAGGGAAUUACUAAGAAAGAUGACAGUGGUUUUGGUUCUUCUCCUUCUACCAACUGUUUGGGGUAACAUCCCAAAUGAAGCGGCCCAUGCCAUAACUGGAGGCCUCGGAGGCUGCGUCUCUUUCCCAGUUCUUAUUGAAGAAGGUAGAAAAGUGAACAGUAUAUUCUGGGAAAAUAAUUCUACAAAAAAAACCAUAGCUGUUGCAAUGCCCAGUAAAGAACUUGAUGUUAAAAAUGAGCGUUUCCAUGGCCGGCUAAAGGCUAAGGACUCGGGGUCUGGGUACUCACUAGAAUUGUGUAAUUUGGAGGCCGAAGAUACUGGAACUUACAAAGCCACGUUAUUCACGAAUUCUAAAACAAAGUAUCUAUUUUUCAAACUUGAAGUAAAUGGUAACAGCAGAGCUGACAGAACUGACUGGACAUCCAGAAAUAGCCUCUUGGUUACCAGUUUGGUCGUAUAUGGCAUUUUCCUCGCUGACAAAAUAUAGUUUUUUUGUAUAUUCACACAGAGAAGCAGGUAAUUCCACGGAGCCGGUAAAUCUAGAAUAUAUAUGUUUUCUAAGGUGGAAGACAAAAUAUCUGCUCCCAAAUGCUUUCUGAGUGUAUUCAUCCUGUGUGCUGAUUACA